CGGCUGCCGGCGGGCACCGCGAGCGCUGCCUUUGUUUUGAAGGGCCUGGGCUUCCGCCCCCCCGCGCACUCCCGCAGUGACUGGAUCGGCCCCCCGGACAAGCUCUCCAACCUGCGGCCCAUCGUGUUCUACGUGCCCGCCGAGGAGUCGGCCCUGGAGCGGCGGCUGCGGGAGGCGCGGCAGGAGGCCCAGGCCUGCGACCAGCGCUUCUGGGCGCGGCACAACCGCGCCUUCCAGCAGGAAAAAGAAGAAUUUAUUUAUUCAAGACUGAAAGCCAAGGGUCUGGAAAUGAGAGAUGAAACAGGUAAAAAAGCAACACUGAAUGCAGAAGAAAUGGCUGACUUUUACAAGGACUUUCUAAGUAAAAAUUUUAGAAAGCAUAUGCAGUAUAACAGAGAUUGGUAUAAACGUAACUUUACUAUCACGUUCCUCAUGGGACAAGUAGCACUGCUGAGAGCUUUGAGGUGGCUUCGUUGGAAAAAGAAAAAUGUUGGAAAUUAGUGACCACAGCUUCAUGAAGAAUGCAACACUAGCUAGGCCUGCUAUAAAAUUGGUGUUUAUAGUGAUGUUCAGGAUCUGAAUUACUAAUAAUUGUUUGAAUUUGUUAAACUAUGUAAAUAAAAGUUCCCAUUGGUCUUAAUUU